UGCGGCUGGUUUGGCUCCAGAUGCAAACACAGAGCUUGUUCGCUCUCCUCUCGAGUGGCAGCUCGGCCCUGAAGGCUGACACUGGACUGGAAGGACAACGAAGACAGAGGGGGACGGGACACUCCCGGGAUGGAGAAUUCUCCAUCCAAGCCAUCUGUGGCUGAGCUUGCAGGAAGGUUAAAAGGUCACAUUCUGCCCAGCUCCAAAGAUGAGUUUCGAAAAAGACCUCCGUGUUCCCUGAAGUUGCACAAUCCAGCACAAGAAAACGAAGAGUCGGAUAAAUCAGUUUCACCCGGCACCGUUAAAACAAAGAUGAAGAACUCUGCCAUGAUAGAAAAACUGCAGGCCAACCUCGCUCUGUCACCCACUUCUCUGCUGCCAUCAUCUAAGGGUCCUGACGUGAAGCUGCAGCCGACACAGCUGUCCCCUACCUUGCCCCAAAGCCCCCUGAGCCCCUCCCUGCGACCGCCACAUCUGUCCAGCGAAGAAGAGAAUCCCAUCAGCUUUGACAGCCCUCCUGAAGGCACCCCACUGCAGAGUUUUAACAAGAACCGUCCACGGUUAUCAGUCAAACGGCGCCUGCCCACAAGACAGCACCGAAGGUCAGCCGGCGAGGAGGAAGGUGCUGCUGGGAGUGAACCGUCCCCAAGUGAACUGGAUGUCCCCAAAGAAAACGGGGACGAGGACCAGGUUUUAAUUGACCUGAAGGAGGAAGCCGAGUCUGGUUUGAAGGAAGCAGAAAAGGGGGAUGAAGACUGUGAAAAGAUGGAGGCAGAGGUGGCACACAGUGACCCUGACGACGGGGGGGAUUUGGAGCAGGAAGUGGAACAAGCCUCUCCCGCAGAGACUCUAAAGGAGGAUCAGGAGCCUGCCGAGUCUGACAAGCAGAUGGAGGAGCAGGACGAGGCGCCUCAUGAGGCAGACCUGGGAGAACACGAGACAAAAUGAACUGUUUAAGGAAAUAUAAGUUAUUCAGUGCUUUCAAUACGAGAACUCUUCUUGGAGAGUUCAUCAGGUUAAAAGUCUGAUUGAAGUUGUUUUGUUGCCCUCUCCUGGCUGUCCAUGGAACAGGUCAGAGCACUGGACAGUCCAAAGCAGCCGUUUCUGCUUAUGUAACAAAAAAAAGUACAACAGGUGGAACUUCAUCCAUGACCAC